GUUGUACAUCGGAUAAAUUGCAAGCACUCUGUACUGUCCUCUGGAAAACGUUUAAAGCGUCAAGUUUCACUCGCGCUGUGGGUCUGUUGAAGGAUAAAUUUGAAACCUGGUUGCACAAUGGCAGCGCUUAUGCUUCGGUCACUGUUAAAAAGCAAGGUACAACUCUUAAUAAUGAAAAAAUUUGAAUGUUUUUCUGUUCUAACAGUUCCGACAACCAAACUGUUCAUUGAUGGGAAGUUUGUGGAGUCCAGCUCGUCUGAAUGGCUAGACAUUCACAACCCUGCCACCAAUGAAGUAGUGGGACGUGUUCCCAAAGCCACUCAGGAGGAGAUGCUGGCAGCUGUGGAUUCCUGCUCCAAAGCUUUCCGCUCGUGGUCCGAGACGUCCAUCCUAAGCCGGCAGCAGAUCUUCCUGCGCUACCAGCAGCUCAUUAAGGAUAACAUCAAAGAACUGGCAAAAGUGAUCACCUUGGAGCAAGGCAAAACGCUCGCAGACGCAGAGGGAGAUGUGUUCAGAGGGCUCCAGGUGGUGGAGCACGCCUGCAGCAUCACCUCCCUCAUGCUGGGUGAAACCUUGCCCUCCAUCACUAAGGACAUGGACACGUACACGUACCGCCUGCCCCUCGGAGUCUGCGCCGGCAUCGCCCCCUUCAACUUCCCUGCCAUGAUUCCUCUGUGGAUGUUCCCCAUCGGGAUGGUGUGCGGCAACACAUAUUUGAUGAAGCCAUCCGAGCGCGUCCCAGGCUGCACCAUGCUCCUGGCCAAAUUGCUCCAGGAUGCAGGAGCACCAGAUGGUACUCUAAAUAUCAUCCAUGGGCAGCAUGCAGCUGUGAAUUUUAUCUGUGACCAUCCGGCCAUUAAAGCCAUCAGCUUUGUGGGAUCCAACCAGGCAGGAGAGUACAUCUACGAGCGGGGCUCCAAGAAUGGAAAGAGGGUUCAGUCCAACAUGGGUGCAAAGAACCAUGGUGUGGUGAUGCCUGACGCCAACAAAGAGAACACCAUCAACCAGCUGGUGGGGGCUGCCUUUGGAGCCGCUGGUCAGCGAUGCAUGGCUCUCUCCACUGCUAUUUUUGUCGGAGAGUCUCGUGACUGGCUCCCAGAGCUGGUGGAGCGCUCCAGAUCGCUGCGCGUAAAUGCAGGUGAUCAACCUGGGGCCGAUGUGGGGCCCCUGAUCUCCCCUGAGGCGAAGGCUAAGGUGGAGCAUUUGAUCCAGAGUGGCGUUAAUGAAGGUGCUAAGCUGCUGCUGGAUGGGAGGAACGUUCACGUCAAAGGAUAUGAAAACGGAAACUUUGUUGGACCCACCAUCUUAAGCAACGUCAGGCCUGACAUGAAAUGCUACAAGGAGGAGAUCUUUGGGCCGGUGCUCAUAAUCCUUGAAGCCGACACGCUCGAUGAAGCCAUAUCUUUGAUCAACAGAAACCCUUAUGGCAACGGCACGGCCAUCUUUACCACCAAUGGAGCCACAGCACGCAAAUAUACACAUGAAGUGGAUGUAGGACAGAUUGGGGUGAACGUACCCAUCCCCGUCCCCCUGCCCAUGUUCUCCUUUACUGGCUCCAGAGGUUCUUUCAGAGGAGAUACCAACUUCUAUGGCAAGCAGGGUAUUCAGUUUUUCACUCAGAUCAAGACUGUGACGUCUCAGUGGAAGGCAGAGGACGCCACCGUGACGAGCCCUGCUGUCACCAUGCCAACGAUGGGACGCUAAGCUAAAGAGACAGUUUAUGCAUCACUGACUUCGUACCUGCCUUAAGGAGAAUCCCUAUAAGAUAAAUAGUUUUUGGUGUUUUAACUGUUUGGAAAGAUUAAAACUGUGCUCUUUAGAUUAGGAUAACUUAAUAACAGAUUGCUGACAUUUCUUUCUCUGUAAAGGAUGCACAUAAGCACAGAACGAUGCCAUGGUUUUCAUACGUUUGCUGUAUUUUCCCACCAGUUUUCUUGCACGUCCUGAACAGACCUGGGGGAUGGUGACUUAAUCAUUGUCAGUCAGUUUUAUAGCCCACUGAGAGCUCUGGCAUCAAAUUGCCCUACAAGGAAAGGAUGUCUGUUCUUGAGUUGCAAAAUGAAUACUACAAUUCCGCACUUCAUAAAGCAUUAGUUUUAUUUACCUGAUGUUGGGACUGUUGGACUUAAAUGUGAAUAGAACUGUUACAAACAUGAACAAAGCUACUGUUUUACUCCAUCAGAAAUGAUAAAAUACCAAGUGCUGAUACCUGCAUUUAUUAUUGCCUUUGGUUAUGGACUACCAUUCGUGUCAGAUUAAAUCGGUAGCCUUAAAUAUGUUAAUGAUAGCCUGGAUAUCUCUACAUCUCUUGAAUUUAAUAAUUAAGAAUCCAGUUUGAUAAAGUAUCCAAGAUUACACUGUUUACACUGAUGUUACAGUAUCCGAAAGGAAAGCAUUAAUCAUUUUGCCUCUUUAAAGCUUGUCAUCUUGAUUCCCUUGGAGUUGAUAAAAGAAAACCCUAAGGAUGCUGUGAACUGUUUUUAAUAAAAACACUUGUGUU